AUUAUGAAAGUGGCUGACCUUUUUUUAUAAAUAAAGAAAAAUAAAUUUAUUUCUCUAAAUUAAAGAAUAUCUGCUUCAAAAUUACAGUACUACUACUAGUUUUCUGUUUGAUUCUCAGUUUCACACUAACUAACUAAUUUUUCUGUUUUGAUUCCGUUUCCCUUCUCGCCGCCGCUGCUGCUGCCACCACUCAUCGUCACAGUGGCGCGUAGUCCCCACCCCCACAGCUUCACCUUCGUCAGGGCUUUCAGAUUUUGAUUGGUGAGGAUGGUCCUGGUGUUGGCAUUGGGGGAUCUGCAUGUGCCUCACAGAGCACCUGAUCUCCCUGCAAAGUUCAAAUCCAUGCUUGUCCCGGGCAAGAUCCAGCAUAUUAUCUGCACUGGAAAUUUAUGCAUUAAAGAAGUUCAUGACUACUUGAAGACUCUUUGUCCAGACUUACAUAUAGCUCGUGGCGAGUAUGAUGAAGAGACGAAAUAUCCAGAAACUAAAACGCUAACCAUUGGUCAGUUUAAGCUUGGACUUUGCCAUGGUCAUCAGGUUAUUCCAUGGGGAGACCUAGAUUCACUAGCAAUGCUGCAGAGGCAGCUUGAUGUAGACAUCCUUGUGACUGGUCACACCAAUCAGUUUACAGCAUACAAACACGAGGGUGGUGUGGUUAUAAAUCCAGGUUCUGCAACUGGUGCCUAUAGCAGCAUCACAUAUGACGUGAACCCAAGUUUUGUCCUCAUGGACAUUGAUGGUCUGCGUGUUGUGGUCUAUGUGUAUGAACUAAUUGAUGGAGAGGUUAAGGUUGACAAGAUAGAUUUCAAGAAAACAUCCUCAAACCAAUCUACUCAGUGAACUUGGUCUUUAGUAUAGAAUCAUUGUUAUUUGUUUCUAUUUUUCCUUCAAACAUUAUAAGGAGGUUCUGGUUUUAGAAUUGCUAUACUUUAAUUUGAACAGUUGUAUUUUGGGCAUGCCAUAGGUUUACAGGGUUCAUUUUAUUUGAUCAAUUUGUCAACUAAGCAAAACAUAUAUAACUGAUUAGCUGUGACUUAAUGUGUUCCUUUUUUUCUUCCAUUGACGAGUGACUAGAUUCGGGAUGAUAUAAUUUAUGUCACCACUUGUUUUCUCCA